AUGAAACUGGUUUCCCCGUACGGAUACACCCGAGCAUAAAGCCUAUGAUAAGCGAACCCCGGGUCUUUUUAAGGUUGAGUGGGAGGGACAAGGAAUUAUCGGGUUGUGUUCAAAAACCUACUACUGUUUUGGGGCCAAAGAUAAGUUUAGUUGUAAGGGUUUCAACAAGAAAUGCAAUGACAUUAACAAAGAUAAAUACCUUAAUGUCUUACUUACAAAACAGAAUAGUGCCGGGGUGAAUCGAGGGUUCAGAGUUGUAAAUAAUACUAUGUACACUUAUGAGCAAGUU